CCUGCUAAAAUAUGUAUAUUGUUUUGUAAUGCAAUGAGGUCCAAUUGCGCCAUCUGCUGGUACCUGAAAAUCUGUAAAUAUGACUGGAAACCGGAAGCUGUUAGCAGACUUCCUGCACUCUGCUAAUGGUAAGGCAUGUUCCGAUAUUGCUCCGCAAAAUAUUGUAAAUUACACUAAAGCUAACGUGAUAUUUAUUGUAAGAUACACAGUUAUUUAACAGCAGUUGAAAUGCCAUGUUGUGGAAUCUUCGUUUUGAAUUGGUUGUUGCUCACAUUAGAUGUACUACUAUUUUGCACUGAAGUCGAUAUUAUUUUCCCCCAUAGACAUCGAAACCAGCAGAGGUGCUAACCACAUAUUGUGUGUAUGUGCACUCCGAUCAUAUGCAGCUACCAGUAAAGAACCACAUCAUCCAAACCAGCCUGUGUGUGGAUUCUUGACGGGACGGGUACACAGCAGUUACUUUGGUGCCGUGACCUGAGACUUCUAUCGAGUUCGACGAACCGGUGACCGUCCUGUCUACCACAUCGCUCCAUGAAGCCAUCGGUUCACAGUAUUUGUGUGUUCACAGUUUACAAGGGUAGCAUGUAUUGCAGUGAAGCUCAUUAUAAUGUGUUGCAGUGGCACAGAUAAUUUUAUGUGGCAUAGAGUAAUGUGUCACACAGACUGCUGAUUUAUUUUAUCAUUUUGACUGUAUUUGCCAUUUUCUUAUUGACGAUUUCUCAAAGUGGGGUGGACUGUACUGUUUAUUGGCAGAUAUUUUUGAAACACGUCUUUUCAGAGUAAUCCACUUUUCCCAAAGUUUGGCACACCCAUUCAAAUUGGAAGAGGCAUGGGUAUGCCUACUCCCAUCCCAUUUUCUGUUGACAGUCCUGCCCCAGGUGUUAGUUUACCUCAUUAGACGCAUUGUCCAAUCCUAGCGUACAUAAUGCAGCAAACCAGCGCACUAGCUCUUUGCCUCAAAUCACAUCUACACCAAAUCCUGUUAGUGAUGUCUCUGAGUGUGUAGCUGACCAGAUGAGGACUGUCAUUCAGGAGAUAGGUCAACAACUAGCUGAUAGCAUUAUGUCGCAUAUGCAGCAGCAUAACACAGUAACUCCUGAUUCAAAUUUCACACAGGAUGUAUCUAGCACACUGAGUCAACCUAGCCAUGUGUCUGAUGUAUCUCAGGUGCAGGUUGUCACACAAAGGAAGGUUAAGGAACCACCAUCAUUUGUAGGAGAUGGGUCAGAUUCAAUUAUGGUGCAUGAAUGGGAAGAUUUGAUGAGAACUUUCAUUAAAAGGAGUAAUGUUAGAGUCGAAGAGCAGGCUGAGGAGAUCCUUGUGCAUUUGAGGGGUAAAGCUAAGGAUGUAGUGAAGUUUGGCAUUAGGAACAGUAAUAUUGAUAUGCAUGCUCAACCUGAUCUGAUUUAUGGUCUACUUAAAAAACACUUUAGGUGUACAAGGUACUCUUCUGUCCCCUUAGCUGACUUUUACUCGACUUUGCCUAGAGACCAGGAAGACCCCUUAUGACUACUGGCUGAGACUGAACAGGGCAGCUGACCUCGUCGUUGACUGUCUGAGAGAGCAGGGCAAGACACUGGACAACCCGGAAACAGAGGUGACUCGUAUGUUUGUUAGGAACUGUCCCUGCAAAGACCUGGCCCUCACUUUUAGAUCCAAAGCAAUCAACAAAUGGUCAGUGAGUGAAGUACUGGAGGUGCUGAACGAGUACAAUGCUGAGAUGAGCUGCAAAGCAACCCCCCCAGUACACACUGACAUCGCAGUACACGCAGCUCAGGUGAGCCAUAGUCCAGCCCUUGACCGCAGUGGUCACAUGCCACCUCAUACCCAGAGCCCUCAGUAUGUCCCCCUAGCGGAGGUGAUGGCUAUGUUGGAAAAGGUUCUGCUAUGUGGAACCUCUAACCAGUCACAUGUGAGGAAGAAAGCUCCACCCAGGUGUCUUGAGAACAGAGUUGACGGGUUUACUGACAUGCCAUGCAUUAUUUGCCAAGUGCUAUGUUCCAGGCCAUUCACGUCGUGACUGUCCAGCGAGGAGGACCACUCCACAGCCUCAGGAAAACUGACCGAUCUGCACACAGGGGAGGACCGUGCAGAUCAGCUAAUUGAACCUCCCACCAGUUAUGAGAAGCCCGACAUGCUUGAUAUUGAAUCCCUCUAUAAGUCGCACAGCAGUUACAGUGGCAGUUCAGUAAUCUCAUCCAAGAAACUGAUCUUUCAGGGAUCCCAGAGAAUAGCAGAGACUGAUAGCCUGUUGUACACGCCUGUACUUGUAAAGAAUCGCCCCACUUUCAAAGCACUGUGAGACAGCGGGUCAAUGGCCUGUACAAUAAGUGAGUCUGCUGUUGAGUCCCUGCUGCAACAAUGCCCUGACAUGACGAAGGACACAGCUGAUGAUUAUGUCAUUGUAGGCUGCGGUCGACACCGUGUUUCCCCCAAAGACAUGUAUAACCUUGAUGUUAUCGUUUACGGAUGCAGGAUGAUCGUUCCGGUAAUGGUUGUCCCUGGCCAGACAAAAGCAAUGAUUCUUGGCAGCAAUGCUAUCAAGCAUAUCCUAACCCAACUGAAGAGCACUGACGGCUACUGGAGGCUUGUUUCCUCGCCCGACAAUGGUCAGACUGAUGACCAGUGCCAAUUCUUGUCACUACUGUCCAACACAGAGAGAUGGAGAGGUGAAUGCAUUCCAGAUAAGGUGGGAACAGUGAAAGUCAAGAGUUGUGUAACACUGAAACCACAGAGUGAGCACCUUGUCUGGGGCAAGUUACCUGAGUCAGCUGUGAUGUCAGUAGGCAGUGCCGUGGUCGUUGAGCCGACCCAGUCCAAAGCCAGACCCAAACAAAUCCUUGUUGGAAGGGUUAUCACUCCACUUUGGGGAAAUCGAUGGGUGCCCGUUAAAGUCAUUAACCCUUCAGACAGAACUGUGGUGUUGAGAAGAAACGCCAAAAUCGCAGAUGUGUCCCCCUGUAUCGCAGUGGAAGAUCUACCCAAAGCAGAGGAGGUCAAAUGCAACAUGCAGUGUGUGCAGAGCGAAGAUGUGCAUCCGAGGUCAGAAGAGGACAUGGUGCGUGCACUGGAGACUCUGGGUCUGCAAGACAUCGAUCUGAAGUCAUGCGAAGUGUCACUGCAGUGGAAAGACAAGCUUGUUCACGUUAUUGAAGAAUAUGAGUCAAUCUUCUCCAGACACAAGAUGGACUGCGGAGAGGCCAAAGAGUUUGUGCAUCGUAUCCACCUUGUUGAUGACAAGCCGUUCCGUCUACCAUACAGGCGCAUACCACCAAGCCAAUAUGACAAACUGAGAACGACUCUGAAUGAGAUGGAGGAAAAAGGCAUUAUUCAAAAGUCCAACAGUGAAUAUGCAUCUGCACUCGUUCUCGUAUGGAAGCGGAAUGGAGACCUCAGAGUAUGCACUGACUUCAGAUGGCUCAACGCAAGAACUGUGAAGGAUGCCUACCCACUGCCACAUCAAGCAGAUGCUCUAGUCGCACUUGGUGGAAAUGCUUUCUUCUCCACAAUGGACCUGACAUCAGGUUUCUAUAAUGUCCCCUUGCACCCUGAUGACAAGAAGUAUACAGCAUUCUCAUCACCCUUUGGACUAAUAUAACCGUCUCCCUCAAGGCCUUUUCAACAGUCCAGCUACCUUCAUGAGGAUGAUGAUGUCAAUAUUUGGUGACGAGAAUUUCACGAGCCUGUUGUGUUACCUCAAACGCUUGCAGAUGGUGUUUGCCCGCCUCAAGGAGCCCAGCCUUAAGCUCUCACCCAAGAAGUGUUUCUUCCUCAGGAGGACUGUGAAAUUUCUCGGGCACGUCAUCAGUAAAGAUGGAGUUCAGACAGACCCUGAGAAGGUCAGAGCAAUAAAUGACCUACAGGUCUCAGACGUCAUGGAAACCGAUGGUAAAACACCUUGUCCUAGUAAAAUCAGAUCGUUUUGAGGCAUGGUGAUGUACUACCAAAGUUUCAUUGAGGCAUGUUCUGCGAAGGCUAAACCGCUGUUCAGGCUCACAGCUGAACCUAGUGCUCAGUGGAAGCGCAAAAAAGGUCGCAAACCUGUGAAGAAAGGAGGUCCUGUGAAGCUGACUCCUGCUGAUUGGUCCAACGCAUGCAAGACUGCGUUCGAGACACUGAAACACGACCUCAUGACAAGUGUCACUCUAGCCCACCCAGAUUUCAAUGCCCCGUUCAUUCUGGCUGUUGACGCAUCCUUUGAUGGGAUUGGAGCUGUCCUGUCGCAACUUCCGCCUGGUGGAAAGGUAGCCAGACCUGUCGCAUUUGCGAGUAGAACACUCUCUCUCUCCCAGCUGAACUACCCUGCGCACCGACUUGAAUUUCUUGCCUUGAAAUGGGCAGUAUGCGACAAAUUCAGCCACUAGUUGAAAGGCAGACACUUCACCACAUGGACUGAGAAUAACCCCUUGACAUAUAUUCUGACCAAACCCAGACUUGACGCGUGUGAACAGCAGUGGGUAGCGAAGCUCGCUGCUUAUGACUUUGACUUGAAGUACAUA